AUGGGGAGCGGCAUUGUACAGGUAACCGCACAUGCUGGAAUUCCCGUUUUUGUUGUGGAUGUCUCCCAGGAAAGGUUGGAUUUUUGCAGGAGAUCGAUCGAGACAUCUCUGACGCGUAUAGGAAAAAAACAGUAUCUUGGCGACAGUGACAGCAUCAAGUCUUUUGUAGACGAAACAAUAUCGAGAGUUACAUUUACGACCGAUGAGCGAUUGGCAGCUUCCAGCGCUGACCUUGUGAUUGAAGCCAUUGUUGAAAAUAUCGAUGCAAAGAAGGCGCUUUGGGAGAAGGUGGAUAGUAUGGCGUCUAAGGAGUGCAUUUUUUGCACCAAUACCUCUUCUUUGAAGGUGAGUGAUCAAGCCAUCGCAACGGGUCGCCCCGAUCGUUUUGCUGGAUUCCAUUUUUUUUCCCCCGUGCCGAUGAUGAAACUCGUGGAAGUGAUUAGGAGUGGAAAUACCUCGCAACAGACAGUGGAGCUUUUGCUUGACCAUGCGCAUAAACUUGGCAAGCAGGCCGUUUUGGCGAUGGACACGAAAGGAUUUAUUGUGAAUCGGCUGCUUAUCCCUUAUCAACUGGAAGCCUGCAGGAUGGUGGAAAGAGGCGUGGCAAGUAUUGAGGAUGUCGAUGUGGCGAUGAAGCUUGGUUGUGGACAUCCCAUGGGCCCGUUCGCGUUGGCCGACAGCGUUGGAAUUGAUGUUUUGAAACAUAUCACGGACGCUUGGCAUGAAAAAGAACCUGAAAACCCUUUGUUUUUCCCAUCGGGACUUGUCGACGAGAAGGUGGCGCAAGGAAAACUUGGACGCAAGUCGGGCGAGGGUUUUUAUAAGUACAGGGAAUAG